AUGGUUUUUGGCAUAGGUACCAUUCCCGAGUCCUUCGCCCGCCUGUUAGGUUCCUCCACACAGUCAAAAAGGCCUUCAGUCAAAUGGGAUCUGGGUUCGAAUUUCGAGUCUGUUGCCAAGGAGCCCACUGCCUCUGGCACGGACUUCCGGCGAGAGAGACUAGACAGCCAGCCGAAUCUCGGCCGCGUCCAACCACAGAUCUUCUUCCUGCGGCCGCGGCCGGCAAUUCCGAAGUUGUUAUUCAGCAUAAUGAAUUCCAGCGAUGCAAAUGUGAAGAAGCUUUUACCCAAGAGCCAUUUGUCUCGGGUGAUUAUUCGGGACAACCUCAAUGCACAGCGCAUCUAUGAGAUGGAGAUGAAAGCUUCGGACAAGACCAAGAGAAAAAUGAGCUAUUUGUAUGACCACCUGAAAAAGAAGUUCAUGACAGACCAGCUGAGGAAGAUGCUGCGCUGGAGGCGGGAGUCUCUGAGCACCCAGCAGUACUUGAAUAGGCAGCGGGUAGGCUCGACUUAG